AUGGAUGCGUUUCGACGAGCGAGACUCGACCUCUUGACGGGUGGUUUCGACGCCUCGGUCGACGCUGCGUGCUCGCAUCGCGCGCGCGGAUCGCACGUCGGAGCUUCGAAGAGACGGUGCGCGCAGGUGCGCGCGUACGCGUACACGUCGCCGAAUCUGUCGCUGUGUGAGCGGUUGUUUUUAGAUCGAUGGUGGAGUCUGGGGGUGGAGGCGUUUCCGACGUGGUUGGCGCCGAACGCGAUGACCGCGCUCGGAUUGUGUUGCGUCGUCGCGGCGUACGUGAUGAUGUGGACUAUGUCGCCGGCGUUGGAGUUCGAGGCCUCGAGGUGGGUGUACGUCGCGUGCGCUGGGUUGGCGUUUGCCUAUCAGAUGAUGGACGGUAUGGAUGGGAAGCAGGCGAGACGGACGAAAUCGGGAUCGCCUUUGGGUGAGGUGAUCGAUCACGCGUGCGACGGGUUGUCGAUGUGCUUCUACCCGCUCGUCGUGCUCGAUAUAUUUGGCGUCGGGCACGCGACGAGCAGAGCGCGAGCGGCGUGCGUGUCGACGAUGAUGUUAGGGCGUGCGCUCUUCGUCGUGGACACCGUGUCGUCCACCUUCUCGGGUGUGUUGCCGGUGAGUAAAUUCUUGGACUCUCAGGACGUCCAGCUCAUCGUACAGACACUGAUGCUCGUCGCGGCGACGAUCGGGAAUCGCUUCUUAUUCGACGUGACGCUGUCUUUGCCGUACGUCGGGGCGCAAACCAUCGGACGCGUGGGUGCCGUGUUUUGCAUCACCGUCGGGACGAUUGCCCGAGUAGGGACGUUCAUCAAGACCAUAUUAGCGAGCGAUAAACAUGAACCCCCGCACUGGCCAAGUUACAGGAGUCCGUUCAAGAUCGCGGCGCGCUGCGCGCUCGUGGAGGCGUUCCACGGGCUUUGCCUGUACAAGUCACAAAAUUUCGCUUUCGCGCACGCGACGAGUUCAAUCUUGUUCGGUGAGUCUGAGAUUCGAAUAAUGAGUAUUCGCGUGUCCGAUCCGGAUUUUCCGGUUACGAACUGGUUCGCUCUUUUCAUCAUGGCGUGUACGACGGUCGUACCCGCAGGCGACGCUUUCACGAGCGGCGUUCUCAUCGGCACCGCUUUGUUCGUGUUCUUGCAUCGCUUUUCGAGCCUUGCGGCGCAGAUCACGGGUUGUCUGGGCAUGCACCCGAACAUAUUCAUUAUUAGACCGCGCGAAUGA